GAGGCCGGGGAGAUGGCGGCGCGCUGGGCGCUGGGCGCGGGUGCUGCCUGGGCACGAGGUCUCCUCAGCUGGGCACGGCCAGAGAGGUGGCUGGCAUCUGGCAGCCUCUUUCCUCUGUCAUGCAUCCACACCAGCACAUCUCUGCAGAAAAUUGGGAAGUGGGAGAAGAAGAACAGGAUUGUUUACCCUCCCCAGCUGCCUGGAGAGCCUCGCAGACCAGCUGAAAUAUAUCACUGUCGGAGGGAAAUAAAAUACAGCAAAGAUAAGAUGUGGUAUCUGGCAAAACUGAUAAAAGGAAUGUCCAUUGAUCAGGCUCUCGCUCAGCUGGAAUUCAGUGACAAAAAGGGAGCAAAGGUGAUCAAAGAGGUUCUGUUAGAAGCACAGGAAAUGGCUGUAAGAAAGCACAAUGUGGAAUUCAAAUCAAACUUACACAUAGCGGAGUCGCAGACGGGCAGGGGCCGUUACGUGAAGCGGCUGCGGUGCCACGGCAAGGGCAUGUUUGGCAUGAUGAGGAUCAGCAGGUGCCACUACUUUGUGAAGCUGGUGGAAGGUCCUCCUCCUCCCCCAGAGCCACCAAAGACUGGCUUUGACCAAGCAAAGGAGUAUGUGCAGCAGCUGCGAAACAGAACCCUUGUUCACACACUGUGACACACUUUAGUGGCUGUAUAGCUAUCUCCUGUUGGGCAAUGUAAUUGUAUAAAGGAAUAAUUAAAAGUCAUGGUUUAGUUACAUCUUUGGUGUUGCUGGAGCUGGAUGAUGUGAGAAAAAUCAUGGGUUUUUCCCUGUUUGUCAAGCCAAGGGUAUGGAAAAAUCUUGGAGCAGCAGAUGUUACCUUCUCUGAGUUAUUUGGACCACAGCAUUCAAGCUCGGCUCUGGACUGUCAAACCUAAAACACAUGGUGCUGUUAAAAAGCUUGGUGUCUCUGCUAUGUAUGGUGGG